UAAUUGUUGACGUCACAGUGUUUUGCGUAGUUAUUGAAACAAAUCCAAGAUGUCGAGUGGAGGUGCUUAUGGUGCUGGCAAAGCUGGUGUUGCAUUCGACCCUCUGGUAUUCUUCCAACGGCCACAAGUUAUUAUUCGGAUAAUUAGUUGGCUGUUUUCAGUGGUGGUAUUUGGCUGUAUAUCGUCAGGAGGAUGGUAUCUUCAAAAAUGCCAAUUUAACGAUGAUGCCAAUGCGUGUCGAUUUGGUUCGGCUAUAGGAGUGUUGGCUUUUCUUGCUUGCAUUAUCUUUUUGGUCAUUGAUGCAGUAUUUGAUAACAUCAGCAGUGUACAACAUCGUAAAUAUGCUGUUCUUGGAGACUUGGGCUUCUCAGGAGCCUGGACAUUUAUGUGGUUUGUGUGCUUCUGUUACCUUGCUGAUUCAUGGAGGAAGACUAAAUCAGUGCUUCCAAAGGAUCAUGGCAAAGAUGAUAUUCAAGCUGCUAUUGCAUUCUCUUUCUUUUCAAUUCUUAGCUUUGGUGUUCUCACUUUUUUGGCUGUUCAGAAGUACCGUUUGGGUGCAGGUGAAGCUUUCACAAGUGGUUAUGAACCAGAAGCAAAUGUUUCCUCUCCCUAUUCUUCCUUCCCAGGAAGUGAGACUGGUGAUCCAUAUCAGCAACCACCAUUUAGUGCGCAAAAAGAAGCUCCAGAUUUUCAAACACCUACCUAUUAACUCUUGAAUCAACUUAUCCAAGCAAAAGAAGAAACUAUUAGAGACAAUUGAAAGGCAUGAGUGUUAGCGGCAGGAUAAUAUCCUGAACUUGCAAACACCUGAUGUUAAGGGAUCACGUGGAAACUGUCUACAGUUUGAAUGUUACAUGUUACUGGCAGUAACUGUAACUGUGCCAACACCAGCCAUUUUUUUUCAAUUGCUCAGACUGGUAUGGGCAUUGUUGCUGGAUUUCUUUAUGAAAUAAUACUGUCAAAUCUUGACUCUUUUUUCAAUAUUUUAGAGUUGGCUUGAAAUAAUAUUCUAAAAGUCAGUCUCUUAUUCCUGCCAUCAGGUGUCAGCACUGUCUUGGUUGUAUAAAUUGGUGUUAUUAGUCAAGUGUAUAAUUUACAAUUAAAGAGAUAUUAAGUUUUAAAGACAUUUGAAAUUAUUAAGAUUUUAAAAGUAUUGUGUAACAAGAGUGUUACCAUCAUCUUAUUUUAUUUUCUUCAGCUUAUUAAAAGAAAUUUUUUUGCUUAUUUAAAAAUAUAAACAAUAAUACAAGUGAGAUAUUAUUUAUACAACUUAUUUUUAUAGCUGUUUUUAAAUAAUAUAUAAAAUAGCUUUACAGGAAUUUUUUUUUCCAAAGCAUUUUGAAAUUAAGUUUAUAUAACUUAUUUCUCUAUUACCUUCUGAUAAUACCAUCAAAACAAUAAAACUCUCUGCUUAUUUGCUAGACUUUGAAGCCACUAGUGGUAUGUGGUUGUGAGGUACUGUUUGACUCACUUGACUAUUCUCCAGUCUCAUUGACUGUAUGUUUGCCAUUAGAGAAAAACUCAGCCUGAAAUGUUGUGUAUCUGUAAGAUUUUACAGCUGGCAAUAGUUCACCAACCACUAAACUGACCACUUUGCUACUUUUUAUAUUAAACAAUGUAAAAUGUUUAAAACAUUGAAAAGUCUCUCUCCCUCUCUCUCUUUUUUUCUUUUUUUUUUUUAAUUCUGUUGGUUAUUAGCAAUAAGUGAAAUAAAUAGCCACUUUAUCACAGUGAAAUAAAUAGCCACUUUAUUCAGUUCAGAUUUAGUGUCUAAAUUUCUUAUACUUUUGAUUACUUAUCAGAAUCAUCAGAAAGGAGGUAUUUUGGAAAUACUAUUAAAAUUUCAAUUAUAUUCAUCCAAACAUCUUUUAUUCCCUAAGUCAACACUUUCCUUCUUGAUUCAAAACAAACACAAAAGAUUUAUUUAGACUUAUUCAUAAUGCAAUAAACAUAUCUUAAAAUUACUGGUAAAGUAUCCAAUUGUUUUAUUAUAAUAAUUUUUGGAGUGUGGGAAUUAAAGUCAUGAGAUGUGUUGCAUUCCAUACUAUUAUCUUUAGGAAUGACCUUGUUAUUGUGUUGCUCUCCUGAUCAGUCUAUUGUUCUCAAACACUGAUCUCUCCUCUCUUCUUGGACAUGAGUUAUAUACCAACUGCUGAUGUAUCAAGAUCCUCAUUAUCUGGGAAGUCAUGCAGAAUUUUACUAGCAGUGUUCUCAGGCUGUCAUUGCUCAACAAGUUUGACAUUGGUCAGCCUACUCUGCUGACCCUUUCAUCUCAUUGCUUCAGUAUUAGUUUUGUUUCAUUCCUUUUUUUUUUCCAGUCAAAAAAAACAAUCAACUAGGUAGCCUGGGAUAAUAAAAUAAAAAAGGAAAAAAACCAAAAAAAAAAAACGUGUAAGAUUGGUUUUUGAAUUAUAUUUUAGAGCUAUUGGGUUUUUAGUUAUUCCAGUGUUUACAUUUCUAGUCGAAUUUAGCUUAACACAUUAUGUUAACACAUCAGUUUAUUUUCUUUAGGUUUGGUCGUUUAAUUAGUCUGUUCCAGUUCCUCUAUAUCAUUUUGUAAUCAAUAUUAUUUAUUCUCUGCUGUUUAGUAACAACUAUCUAAAUUGAAAUAUUUAACUAGCUAGAUAGCUGUGUGUGUAUAUAUAUAUGUGUGUAAAAUUUAUAUGCACACAAAAAUUUGCAUAUACUUUGAUGGAUAUAGUAACGUGUUAUUGUCAUUAACUCUUUGCCAUAUUUAAAAAAAAAGAAAGCUAAUAAAAUAAUAAAAAGAAUUCUAUUUAGUGCUAAGUGUUUUUUAAAAUAGUUUACUUUCUCUGUACUAUUUCUUAUGAAGUUAUUUUCACAUAACCUGACAGUUUCUAUCAUAAUUUUCUUCCAUAUCAAACAGCUAUUUAUGUCUAAAACUCAUCUCAGUUCUUUAGAAAGUAUAAAAAUCUUAAAUUCCAAGAAAUGUAGUGCCAUCUACUGUUAAUUGUUGAUUGCUUAAUUAAUACAUUUUCUGUUCAUCUCUUCCAUUCAUUGUUCGGCUGGAAGUAUAUAUGGUUAUCUCAUUGUAUUGUUCUUGAAACUUUAUUUAGACCUCUUAAUACUUUGUUUUACUUCAAAUAAACUUAACAUGUUUGGAGGUUUUUAACUAAAACAGAACAAAAAAUUUCAUUUACCUAGUUUUAGUUUCUAAAAUAUUUUUAUUAAAUCUUUUAACUAAAUUUGAGGUUAUAUGCUUUAUUUUUAAGUUAUUUUUUAUACUCACAUCAUUCCAAAAUACAUUUAUGUAUCAAUAUUCAGUUUCGUUUUUUUUUUUCUUAAUUGUUGUAAUUUUGUUUUAACUAUGCAAAUUUAGGGUUGUUGAAAAUGUUUUCCCCCACCUCCAAGAGAUAAGGAAUGGGUGUAUGUGAUUGUGUGUAUGGACAUUCAGAAUUCAUAUUCAUAAUUUAUUAUUUGGUAAGCAAUGUGCAUCUAGUUAUUUGUCUUGACUUGCAUCAAUCCACUGGUUUUCAUUCUAGUUGUGAUUUGAUGUCCAAAAGCUACAUUGUAUGAACUUGCAUGCAUUCUACAGUCCAGUCAUAACACUCAGCCAACCCCAAACCACAUCUGCAACAUUGUUAUUGUUAUGUUUUUGAUUAUUAAUAUUGUUGAUGAAAAUAUAACUAAGAAAUUCAAUAAAGAAAAUCUGUUUCUUCUUACUUUCUAUCUCUGCCCUUAACAGCUUAUACAUUCACAAAAUUGAGUCCUUUAAUUUAUUCAGUUUAUUUUAUUGCCCAAUAUUUUUAGCUUCAGAUUACCAAAGAAUAUUUUAUGUUGGAGAUUAGCACUUAAUCUUCUUUUAAUGAAAGGUAUUCUUUUUUGUUUUGCAAGUUUUCAUUUUUUUUAUCUAAUCUUUAUUUAAACAGUAUUUGUUUUUUAAUGAUUUCAAUUGUGGCACAAACUACUUUGUCUUGUACAAUCUUAUCUCAAGUUACAUGGAGUUGUCUCUCCUGUAACAAGACAUCAUGCCAUUCUCUUAUUUGUCGACCUUUGCAGAAAGAAUUCGGUGAAAAUUUUAAAUCAAUUCAACUGUAUUUCUUUUUCACAUUAUUCACUUUGUUUCAACAAACUGUAUUUAACAAUCCUAUCCUUUAUAUAUAAUUCUUUCUUCUGUAAGAUAUACAUAAAUCAGAAACAAUAGUCAUAAAACAUAUCUUUUAGUGGAUUUGAUCAAUUACUGCUAAAAUAAUAUAUUUUUGCUGUUGAGAUUUCUACUGUUAUAAUAUAUUCAUUGUAACUAACUUGAAACAAAAUUGGGCAUUGUAAGCAACUAAUUAUGUUAUAGAAUAUUUUCUUUUAAACAAAAAAAAAAAUGAGCCUUUUUUUUUUUUUUUUCAAAUAAACUUUGUAGGCCUGCAAGGAAAGAAAACUAUAGGCUUAUUUCUCAAAAUAUUCAUUAAAGUGAGAUCUUUACAUUAAUGUAUAGUUAAACGUUUUACUGUUGAUUAGUUUUGGGCUCACAAGAUGCAGAUUUUUGUUGCAGCUUUACCAUUCGAUAACCAAUAUCUCAAACUACAUGAAAACAAACAAGUAGACAGCUCUUACCUUUUCUUGUCUCCAUUCUUGCAAGGCCAUGCACAACAUCUGAACGCAUGCAACGAAUGUCAACUAGUCAGACAUUGUCAUACUGUACAAGUUGUAACUACACUUUGUGGCUGUAAUAAACUAUUAGGACUGUU